AGGCUCGGAGACUGGUACCCGCCUCGGUCUCUUUCCGUCAGGCUUCACCGAGGGCGUCCGAGAACGGGCUUUCACAGAGGCUGGAAAGUGCUAGAAGGUGGCGUCCCAACUCAGAAUGAGAGAACCAGGCCCGUCGUUCGACAGACAGUGACAUUCAGGAAAAAACAGAAUAAGAAAACGUAGGGGCGAGCGUGAUGGAGGCGGAGCAGGCGCGGCUUGGCCACCUCAGCGCGACAGGCAAGGAAGGACCGGCUGCGACACGGAGAAGAAGGCCCCUUGCGCCAGCCAGGCGCUGUCUUCGCUGGUUCUCGGAUCCCCCGGCUCGCUGUCCUGCCGCUCCCAGCGUCUCUUCCCCCAGGGGCCGGGAACUGCGCCCCCAUGGCUGAGGUGAAGGUCAAGGUGCAGCCGCCCGACGCGGACCCGGUAGAAAUCGAAAACAGGAUUAUAGAAUUAUGUCACCAGUUUCCUCAUGGAAUCACAGACCAAGUAAUUCAGAAUGAAAUGCCUCAUAUUGAAGCCCAGCAACGGGCAGUGGCCAUCAAUAGACUGUUGUCCAUGGGUCAGUUGGAUCUCUUAAGGAGCAAUACAGGCCUUCUGUAUAGAAUAAAGGAUUCUCAGAAUGCUGGCCCUGUCUCAUUCUUUUUAAGUAAAAUGAAAGGAUCAGAUAACCAAGAAAAACUAGUAUAUCAAAUCAUAGAGGAUGCAGGAAAUAAAGGAAUAUGGAGCAGAGAUAUUCGAUACAAAAGCAACUUGCCAUUAACAGAAAUUAACAAAAUUCUAAAGAACUUGGAAAGUAAAAAGCUUAUCAAAGCUGUUAAGUCUGUGGCAGCCUCAAAAAAGAAGGUAUAUAUGCUCUAUAACCUGCAGCCAGACCGGUCUGUGACUGGGGGAGCCUGGUACAGUGACCAGGAUUUUGAAUCCGAAUUUGUAGAGGUGCUUAACCAACAGUGUUUUAAAUUCCUACAAACCAAGGCAGAAACAGCACGAGAAAGCAAACAGAAUCCAAUGAUACAAAGGAAUAGUUCAUUUGCGUCAUCACAUGAAGUGUGGAAGUUUAUCUGUGAAUUGGGGAUCAGCAAGGUAGAGUUGUCCAUGGAGGACAUUGAAACCAUCUUGAAUACACUCAUUUACGAUGGGAAAGUGGAGAUGACUAUCAUCGCUGCGAAGGAAGGCACCGUCGGCAGCGUGGAUGGACACAUGAAACUGUACCGGGCAGUCAACCCAGUCAUCCCGCCCACGGGGUUGGUCCGGGCCCCCUGCGGACUCUGCCCCGUUUUUGACGACUGCCAUGAAGGGGGUGAGAUUUCACCGUCUAACUGUGUCUACAUGACAGAGUGGCUCGAAUUUUAACAGAGAGCUACAAACUUUAAUGACAUUUUGCAAAUGAAGUUCCUUUGGGAGCACAUAAUUUAACUCAUGUUGGGACAUCAAAUUCCCUUGAAAGCAAACUUCAAGAUACAGACUUGCUGCUAUGAAAAAAUAUUUUGUUAUCUAUGAAGACUAAAUUUAUAUUGGUAGAGUAGAGAACAGAAUGUGAAGCAGGUAAGGUUAGUAGUGAAAUCCAUUCUUCUGUGAAUAACAUACUUUGUAACAUCUGGAAGACCACCUUCGGAAGCUGUCAAGACUUCUGAUGAUUCGCGGGAAAAGCAGCCAGCAAGUCCACGCUCGCCAAGUACCGCGCUAACGGCUAGAGCUUUAAAUACCUGUUUCAAAGUUAUUUAUUCUUUAUAAAUAAGAAUAAUGGCUCACUCUCACCAUUUCUGUUUUCUGCUUUCUCAGUGGUUUCAUUGAGAAGAAAUUUAAAAUGGCGAGAGCAGGAGUAGCGGGGGAGCACGCACACCUGGAGCCUGAGUGGGAGGGAGAGUGCAGACCCCUUUUCCACACACUGGAUUCUUUUUUGUCGGAAAUAUUCCUUUAGAAGAUUAUGCCUCUGUACUUACCUCACACCCAAAUGACGACCAUUGUAAAGGAUAUGUUUUCGGUGCAUAAAUAUUAAUCUUUCUCAUCCUAAA